AGCCUUCAUUGUUAGGGACUAGGGUUUUGUUGAUGGGUUCUCUUCUUUUCCUCCUCCUCCUCUUUUUCUUCAUACCAAACUCUUAUUCCUUCCCCUUAUGCACAGAUUCAUGGGCACCUGAGACACUGAAGGUGCCACUCACCUUCUGUUCUUACAAUGGCAGCAGCUGCUGCAACGCCACGGACGACGCCGCGAUCGAGAAGCGGUUCAAAUCGAUGAAAAUCUCCGAUACCGCUUGCUCCUCCGUCGUCAAAUCCAUUCUCUGUGCGAACUGUGAUCCCUUCUCAGCUGAGCUAUUUGCAAUUGCACCGAAAUUUCGAACUGUUCCUGCAUUAUGCAACUCUACUGUUUCUGCAAGCUCCGCCCAGUCCAAGGAUUCCACAAGAGACUUUUGUACAGAAGUUUGGGGCACUUGCAAAGAUAUACCUAUAUUGAAUUCUCCCUUUCAGCCUUCUUUACAAGGAGGUGCUAAGCCACCAACUUCCCCAACCAAACUUACGGAUCUCUGGCAAUCACAGAAUGACUUCUGUGCAGCAUUUGGAGGCCAAUCAAGUGAUCAAUCAGUUUGCUUCAAUGGUAAAUCGGUUUCAUUUAACACUACAGAAAAUUUGCCAUCUCCUAAAGGUUUGUGUCUUGAGAGGAUCAGCAAUGGCUCAUACCUUAACAUGAUUCCUCAUCCCGACGGAUCAAAUCGAGUCUUUUUCUCUAGCCAAGCUGGCCAGAUCUGGUUGGCUACUGUUCCUGAACAAGGAUCGGGGGAAGCGCUGGGGAUCGAUGUAGCAAACCCAUUUCUUGAUUUAACAGAUGAGGUGCACUUCGAUACUGAGUUGGGACUAAUGGGUUUGGCGUUUCAUCCAGACUAUACAAGAAAUGGGCGUUUCUUUGUUUCGUACAACUGUGAUAAGGUUCAAUCAGCAAGCUGCUCAGGAAGAUGUUCGUGUAACUCUGAUGUGGGCUGUGAUCCUACAAAGCUCAGUCCAGAUAAUGGUGCUCAACCAUGCCAGUAUCAAAGUGUCGUUGCUGAGUAUAGUGUUAAUAGUUCCUCAUCAACGCCUUCCACGGCAGAAAGUGCCGUCCCAUCUGAAGUGAGAAGGAUUUUCACUAUGGGGCUUCCAUAUUCAACUCACCAUGGAGGGCAAAUUCUCUUCGGGCCUUCGGAUGGAUAUCUAUACUUUAUGUCGGGAGAUGGUGGAAAUAAGGGUGAUCCUUUCAAUUUUGCUCAAAACAAAAAGUCGUUGCUGGGAAAAAUCAUACGACUGGACCUUGAUAGUAUCCCAAGUCAGAGCGAAAUAAAUGACCUUGGUUUAUGGGGAAACUAUUCUAUUCCAAAGGAUAAUCCAUCUGCCGAUGAUAAUGAAUUGCAACCUGAGAUUUGGGCGUAUGGGCUGAGGAAUCCAUGGAAAUGCAGUUUUGAUUCUGAAAGGCCUUCUUAUUUCUUUUGUGCAGAUGUUGGCCAGGAAACAUAUGAAGAAGUUGAUCUGAUUUCAAAGGGUGGAAACUACGGAUGGCGUGUUUAUGAGGGCCCCAAUCUUUAUCAUCCACCAUGGACUCCGGGAGGGAAUACAUCGCUUAAAUCCAUAGAUCCUAUCUUCCCGAUCAUGGGCUAUUAUCACUCGACGAUAAAUAAGCUCGGAUCAGCAUCAAUUACAGGAGGCUAUGUAUAUAGGUCAUUGACCGAUCCAUGCAUGUAUGGAAGGUACUUGUAUGCUGAUCUCUAUGCGACAGCCUUAUGGGCCGGCACGGAGACCCCUGAAAGCAGCGGAAACUACACGAGCACUAUGAUUCCCUUUAGCUGCUCCAAGAACUCUCCGAUUCCCUGUGAUUCUGUCGCAGGGAGCUCUCUCCCUUCUCUGGGCUACAUAUACUCAUUUGGUGAAGAUAAUAGGAAAGAUGUUUUUGUUUUGACCAGCAAAGGAGUGUACAGAGUUGUUCGACCGAGCCUCUGCAAUUAUACUUGUCCAAAGGAGAAAGUUACCAAUAAUGUCCCAUCGGCACCUGGCCCGUCUUCAUCAUCAGCAACCAUGUUACAUAAUCUAGCAGGGAAAGUUAAGGUGUACGUCUUUGCGUUCUUUCUAUUUCAAGUAUGUGUGCGCUUUUGAGUGAUCUUCGGAGGCAAAAAUUGGUGCCAACAUUUCCACUAAAGUCAUCGUUGCAGUUUCCACUAGAGAUUGUGUAAAAUUAAUACUGUAUAAUAUCAGAUCAGUUUCUCGUGAGAGAAUUUCUUGUCGCAGUUUGAUGCACGGGUUGUUCCUGAUUUUGAUCAGAUAGUGUAAGAUUGUCAAUUUUGCAUAUUUAUUUCCAUUAUGAGGUUAUCUUUAUGAGAGUUUGGUGAA